GAACUUUAGCAUGAAGGGGGGAAAAGUGUAUGCGAUAAGCGAAUGGUACUGGUAAACUUUCUGAGAUUGGCGAUAACGAAAAAAAGGAGGCUCUUAUAAGGGAGUAGAUCUCAGAAAAGAAGGGAACGAAAGGUCAGGGUCAGAUCAAAGAAGUAGACUUAUGUCGGGCAUGCAUUCGAUCCUACAUCCCCUCUUGCUCAAUAGGUGAACAUCAAAGAUACAUACAUUCGAAAGAAUUUAAGGAAAGAAAGCUUCAAACUCAUGAAAUAUUCACAAUGCAUUCGUCUGAUUCUUUUCACAUUCUUUUGUUAAAAGAGAAGAUUUUGAUAGAAUUGUAAAAUCUUGCUGUGCUAACUCUUGCUGUGUGAAAAUGAAUUGUAUUUGAACCAGCAGUGGAAUUCUAUCGAAGAUGAAAAGAAAAUUCUUAAAGGUAUGUGUUUCGAGACGCUUCGCUACAAAUGCCACAGCAAAGGUUUCAACGGAAGUCAGAAGUUUUGAAGAAAUACCUGGACCUGUGCCUUUGCCUCUAGUAGGAACGAUGUUGAAUUAUUUGCCUUUUUUUGGUCAGUAUAAUUUUUGGAAGCUACAUCGAACUUAUGCCAAGAUGCACCAACAAUACGGAGAUGUUGUUAAGGAAGUUAUAACGAAGAAACGUAUUAUUGUCCAUGUUUUUAAUCCAGAAUAUAUGUCACAUGUUUACGUCAAUGAAGGGAAAUAUCCAAAUAGAUUGAGUCACACGGCAUUGGCAAAAUAUCGACUUGAAAGACCAAAUUUUUACAGUGGACCCGGAUUAUUUCCGAGUAACGGAGAAGAGUGGCAAAGAUUUAGGGAUCUUUUCCAAAUUCCAUUGUUUCAUCCUUCUAUCGUGAAGCAUUCUUCUAAAGCUCUUGAAGAAGUUGUGGAUGAUCUCGUAGUGGCAAUAUCAAACAGUUUAGAUAAAAAUGAAGAAACUGACUUAUUGCCUUUAUUAUACAGAUUAGGACUGGAAUGUAUCGGAUAUAUAACUUUGAACAAACGCCUAGGCUGCUUGUCUUUGAAAGGGAAUGCCGAGGCAGAUGCACUAGUAAAGGCUGCAGAGGCUACUCACAUGGCCGUGUACCUCACUGAAAAUGUGCCAUUCAAUCAGAAGAAAAAUUACAAGAAACUGGAAGCAGCUCAAGAUAUUUUGUCUGAAAUAGUAGGGAAAUACUUCGAUGAAGCCUUGAAAUCAGCCGACAAUUCAUCCGAAAGCUGCAUAGUACACAGAUUAAUGAGAGUACCAGGCGCUGAAAAGAGAGAUGUAUUUACCAUGAUUUUAGAUAUGUUCCUAGCCGGUAUCGAUACCACUUCAUUUGCAUUAUCUUUUGGUUUGUAUCAUUUGGCUCGAUGCAAGCGUGUUCAGGAUACUUUACGAGAACAAUUACGUGAAGUAAUGCCUACCCUAGAUACUCCAUUUACAGGUGUUAAGAAACCAAAUUACUUAAAAGCUGUGGUACAAGAAACUCUGAGAAUAAAUCCUGUGGCAAUAGGCACUGGACGAGUUAUUCCAAACGAUUUGGUCAUUGGAGGCUACCUUGUUCCUGCUAAUACGAUGGUAAUUCUGCAACACCAAGUGGCUUCAAUCCAAGAAAAAUAUUUUAAAAAUUCUAAGGAAUUCGAACCCGAGCGAUGGUUAUCCAAGAAUGCUCCACGUUCUGUUUCUGCUCCUUUUGGAUCUGGAAAAAGGUUAUGCAUUGGUAGGAAUAUAGCACAACUAGAAAUAAAUCUCGCUAUAGCAAAAAUUAUAAGGAAUUUUGAACUAAGUUAUCAUUAUGAAGAUAUAGAUAGCUACAGCAGACUAAUUAAUGUUCCAGAUAAACCAGUAAAACUUCGUAUGAAGAGAGUGAAUGAUUAAUUGAAUGGCCAAAAAUUUAAAAAAGUGAGUUACAUUAAAUGAGGAUCUGCCAAGCUUCGAACUCUUCAUUCAUUUAAUAAAGCUGUAAUCAUAAAAUAAAUUAACAAUUGGACUUGUGAUUCUUCAGAGCAUAUUUAUUCAUCAGGAAUGCAUAUUUGAGAGACUUAAAAGUUUUUCUUUUCUGUAAUGUUUAAAUUAUUGUUCAGAUUGUUAUUGAAAAUGUUUGAAAGCAUUUUUGUAAAUAUUGAAAUAUAUUUGAAUUUUUUUUAU